UUUAUAAGCUGGUCGUUACUGCUCCCUUACUAAAAGGUGACGUGGCCUUUUGGUGGAAGUAAGAGUAACAUGAAAGGUGGUAACAUUUAAGCCGGACCCCCUGUGUUCCUCUUUCCUGUCUCUGUGUGCACAUGCCUGCUUGUCGCCUCUCGGUUGCAGCUUUGCUCUGGCUGCGUGCAGCCCGCUGCAGGGAGCUGUGCAUGCUUGCUUUCCUAAACGGUGCAUGGAUGUGGUCAUGCUGGGGCAUGAGCAGAGCACGGCGAGUGCUUCGUAUCUGGCCUGUUCUGUUCACUGUGGAAGUAGAAACUCCUGUGUAUUUCAUGUGAGGAUUUCACCCUGUGAAAAUAAUCGUCCUGCCUCCUUGACCGUGUCCCUUUAAAUUCUACAUGGCACAGUGUGCUGCUCUGUGGCUGCUGAAUCUGUGUGUCCCGGAGCAGUCCAGAACAGUGUUUCAUGAUGAAGUGCUCUGAAAUGAAGUAGCUUGGCAGCAGAGGGCAAGUAGAAGUUGACACAGUAAAAACAAUGCAUAGUAAGGAGUAAAUAUAAACCAUAUUAAUGCCUCUGUAUAUACCCACAGCUUAGAAGCCAGUAGCUGUCAGGAGCUAGAAGUUAGAUUUCUUUUUCUGGCAUUUAAGUGAGUGGUGUAAGCUGAUUUAUGUGAUUGUAUGCAACUGUGUGUAUGUAUAGAUGUAUAACUGUUCGGUGCAUCUGUCUGCACGCAGUUUGCAUUGGGCCAUGCUGCAGGAACCUCUAAACUGAAAUGCACCAAAAGAGUGAUUCCCAAGUGAGGUAACACAGAAUAGAAAAGAGGAGAAUCUUCAGUCAUGUUUGGCGUCCAGUCAUAGCUUGAAAAGAAAUGCAAACAUGAUGAGUGCUGCAAGCCUGUUCCUAAUUCUUAGCCGUAUGUUCAAGAACAGGAAGAUGCUGCCAGUUUUCUGGCUUCACUGAGUAACUUGAUUACAGGGUUGACUUUUUUUUUUUUAAGUUUCAGCCCUGUAUUUCUGUGAUAGAGGCGUGUAGCCACGGGAAAAAAUGAGACCUAGUGAAAUAAGGAACUACCUAAUGGCAGUUCUUUACUUUCUUUUUGGGUUUGUAUAUAUUUAUAGCUAAUUAGUUACUGCUGAUUAAUCACAUGUGAAAAGCUCCCGUGGGAUUAGGUGCGGGGGAGGACUGUGCAGAGUCCAGUGGAAAUUAAUAAAAUCCUUUCAGUGAAGUACAAGAUACUGGGACAACCUGAGUUUUUGUUCUAGAUUCCCUGUGGGAUUUGUGUCAGGUUGCUGAAAUUCAGAUGUUCCAGUAGCUAAUAAAAUACAGAGUACUUAUAGAGAAUAUGUGAGGAUUAUAAAACCCCUAGUUAAAUCUAGUCUUAUUUGUAUAUCCUUAUAUAUUUUUAUGCUGUGGUAUAGAAACAAAGGCAAACUUAAAGCUGUUUUUAUUCUUUUAGUAAGCAAUGCUUUUCCUUGGCUUUACGAUACGUUAAAAAGUUGAAAAUACCAUGUUGAAUUCACUAAACUGGUUAAGGCUGGAUCUUCUUCAUAGUGCUGGUGCUCAUUCCUAGCUUGAGAUCUGGUGUGUUGGCAGAUCUUAAAUUGGAAGUGGCCCUGGGUUUGGUUUAUAUUUUUCUUUGAUCAACUUGUCUGAAAGGAAGCUCAGUUGCCUCGUCAGCUUUGCCAACUCUGCUCUCCUAUUUCUCUGCAGACUGUUGCAGUUAUUUUAAGUUGUAAUUGUUGUUUUGGAAAUCAUUUAUGCUGGAGAAUGAAUUUUUAUUUUGUUCUCAAUGUUCACGAUUAAAAAAAAAAAUUGAAUAAUAAUUCCUAAAAUCCUUGGAACAUUUAACAGCUGGUACCUCAUGAAGCUAAAAGCAAUUUCUGCUGAAUAUUGGGUUUAAUUUAAAAAAAAAUAAAUCCAGAAAUGGUUUUUUUUUUUUUAAAAAAAAAAAUAUUUUGACUGAAGAACAUCUCCACUUGUUUAUGCAAGAAAUCAAACACUAUUUGAUUUUUCUUAAGCAGGGGAAAGCAGUAGAUCAUGCAUGGUAAUACCAUUCAGUGAUACUGUCAGGUGUUGUAAGGAUACUAAAUGCAUUUUUGACAUUAACGAGCUGCCAAAGUUUAAAAACUAGAGACAGCAGCCUCGCAAGUCAGGCUCACUUUCACUGUCCUGAUAAGUCAAAUGCACUUUUACUUUCUAAUAAGGUGAAACUGUGAGCUGUCAGAAACGUUGGAAAGUCAUUGGACGUAACUUCUGCUGCAUGUAAACAAGCACAUGCACUCAAUUUCGUACACUAGUGCUUAACGUUGCGUUAGACAUUCCUAACCUGACAGUGUCCCUAAGUUAUCAUGUCCGUUUGCUUUCAUUUUCCAGCUGGGUUUUAAUUUUGCAUGCAUUUCAGUGAAAUAUGGUAUGCAUAAUAAUUGUUUCCUGGAAGCGUUUUGGGGCUAUUGCUGCUGGGACUCACCAAAGUCAGGAAGGCGAUGAAAUCUCUUUUCCUUUUGUGGUGGUUUGUUAGCUAAAUCAAAAGCAGUGCAGAAAAUGAUCCUGUUCUUUGUUUGUAUAGUAACUUACAUGUUUCUGAGUUUGAUGUUGUUUGCCAAAUAGCUCUAAGUAACAAGGAGCUCUCUGCUUAACGACACCCCAAACAACUCCAAAAUGUAGUGUACCUAAUAUUUUUGUUUGGAGGAAGAAUGUUAAACUUUAGUUGCUUUGGCAGAGCAAUUGGUGACGUUUAAUGCUUGUCCUUAGUUUAUUGUAGGAGCCUCUGUGAAGCUGUUUUUUUGAAGUAAUGCCAAUAGAAAGUGGAAGCUGUGCAUCUGCUCGCCAAGCAAAGCAGAAACGCAAAUCGCACAGUCUUUCAAUCCGAAGAACCAACAGUUCUGAGCAAGAACGGGCAGGACUGCAGAGAGACAUGUUGGAAGGGCAGGAUUCUAAACUACCAUCUUCUGUUCGGAACACACUCCUCGAACUUUUUGGACAAAUAGAGCGGGAGUUUGAAAAUUUGUAUAUUGAAAAUUUGGAAUUACGUAGAGAGAUUGAUACACUUAAUGAGCGUUUAGCAGCCGAAGGACAGACAAUCGAUGGAGCUGAACUGAGCAAAGGACAACUGAAAACAAAAGCCAGCCAUAGUACCAGUCAACUUUCUCAGAAAUUAAAGACAACUUACAAGGCAUCUACUAGCAAGAUUGUAUCCAGUUUUAAAACUACAACAUCAAGAGCAAUCUGUCAACUGGUAAAGGAAUAUAUUGGCCACAGGGAUGGCAUUUGGGAUGUCAGUGUUGCGAAAACUCAGCCAGUGGUUUUGGGAACUGCAUCUGCUGAUCAUACUGCUUUGCUGUGGAGCAUAGAAACAGGGAAGUGCCUUGUCAAGUAUGUAGGGCAUGUUGGAUCAGUAAACUCGAUAAAGUUUCAUCCAACUGAGCAAGUGGCUCUUACAGCAUCUGGAGACCAGACAGCUCACAUCUGGAGAUACAUAGUACAGUUGCCUACACCUCAGCCAACUGCAGACUGCAAUCAAGUGUCUGGAGAAGAUGAAUUUGAGUUCUCAGAUAAAGAUGAACCAGAUGGAGAUGGAGAUGGUUCUAGCGAUUGUCCCACUGUUAGAGCUCCGUUAACUUCACUCAAAAGUCAUCAAGGAGUGGUCAUAGCAGCUGAUUGGCUUGUUGGGGGGAAGCAAGCAGUGACAGCUUCAUGGGAUAGGACAGCAAACCUGUAUGAUGUAGAGACUUCUGAAUUAGUCCAUUCUCUUACAGGGCAUGACCAAGAGCUAACACACUGUUGUACCCAUCCCACCCAGCGUCUUGUGGUGACAUCCUCACGUGAUACAACCUUCCGCCUGUGGGAUUUCAGAGAUCCUUCUAUCCAUUCUGUGAAUGUCUUUCAGGGCCACACAGACACUGUGACAUCUGCAGUUUUCACUGUGGGAGACAAUGUUGUUUCUGGUAGUGAUGACCGUACUGUAAAAGUUUGGGAUUUGAAAAACAUGAGGUCUCCUAUUGCUACCAUUCGUACGGAUUCUGCAGUAAAUAGGAUUAAUGUAUGUGUUGGCCAAAGAAUCAUUGCCCUUCCCCACGACAACCGACAGGUUAGGUUAUUUGACAUGUCAGGAGUGCGAUUAGCACGCCUCCCUCGCAGUAAUAGACAGGGCCACAGAAGAAUGGUGUGCUGCUCCGCCUGGAGUGAAGAUCACCCAAUAUGUAACCUCUUCACCUGUGGAUUUGAUCGUCAGGCUAUUGGCUGGAACAUCAAUAUCCCUGCUUUGUUACAAGAAAAGUGAAAUGCUGGAAGAAUUUUUGCAUUUUAUGUUGCCGUGGACUGCUGUACUUCUGCAGACUUCUCUGAAUACCAGUCUGCUAUUGGUCUAAAAGCUCUUCCUUAAAUGGAGACUUCAGCAGAUGUUGUUCUUGUUACCACAUUGUGCACAGUUUGCAUGAGUUGUACAGAAAAUGUGAUUUUUCUUUUUUAAAUUAGUUUGUCCUGUGUAUGAACUUUUAUAUUUUGGCAUCCACUGGUCAAUAUGUUCACUGUUGCAUAGAGCACAUAAGUGUUCAUAAGUUAUUUAGCAUUUGAUAGAUAAACAGUAGGGCAUUACAUUUGUGACAUAAAUGUGAAACUGAUGUAGUUAAUGUAGAGAGUGUAUAGCAGUCUGUUACAUUUUUCCAUGAUCUACAUAUCUGCCUUGUGUUAAAGAGAAUCUGCAGGGCUAAAAGUUUGAAA